GUGGAUUUGCGAUAGUGUUUCUCGUGAGGACUAACAAUGGGAUGAAAUGUGCCCUGAAGCGUAUGUACGUCAAUAACGAGUAUGACUUGCAAGUCUGCAAAAGAGAAAUCCAAAUCAUGCGGGAUCUGUCUGGCCACAAGAACAUUGUUGGAUACAUCGAUUCCAGUAUAAACUCCGUAAGCAGUGGCGACGUCUGGGAAGUGCUGAUACUAAUGGACUUCUGUCGAGGAGGUCAAGUGGUGAACCUCAUGAACCAGCGCCUGCAGACGGGCUUCACGGAGAACGAGGUCCUGCAGAUCUUCUGCGACACCUGCGAAGCCGUAGCCAGGUUGCAUCAGUGUAAAACGCCAAUAAUCCAUAGGGAUUUGAAGGUUGAAAACAUCCUGCUGCACGAUCGUGGCCACUAUGUCCUGUGUGACUUUGGAAGUGCUACUAACAAAUUCCAGAACCCUCAGACAGAAGGGGUGAAUGCGGUAGAAGAGGAGAUCAAAAAGUACACUACAUUAUCCUAUAGAGCACCAGAAAUGGUCAACCUCUAUAGUGGCAAACUUAUUACUACAAAAGCAGACAUCUGGGCCCUUGGCUGUUUACUGUACAAGCUGUGUUACUUCACCUUGCCGUUUGGGGAGAGUCAGGUGGCAAUCUGUGAUGGCAAUUUCACCAUUCCAGAUAAUUCUCGGCACUCGCAAGACAUGCACUGCCUCAUCCGGUAUAUGCUUGAGCCAGACCCUGACAAGAGACCUGAUAUUUAUCAGGUUUCCUACUUCGCAUUCAAAUUGGCAAAGAAGGAGUGCCCAGUCCAGAACGUCCAGAACUCUCCAAUCCCCACUAAACUCCCAGAUCCGGUUAAAGCAAGUGAAGCUGCUGCAAAGAAGAGUCAACCAAAGGCCAGGCUGACAGAUCCCAUCCCUACGACAGAAACUUCCAUAGCGCCCCGCCAGAGACCUAAAGCAGGACAGACACAACCCAACCCUGGAAUUUUACCCAUUCAGCCAGCCCUGACGCCUAGGAAGAGACCCACGGCUCAAGCAGCCAUUCAGCCACAAGUUGCAGGACCUGCUGCCUUGGGCAGUGCUCAGCCUUCGCUCCCUGCCAGCGGCCCACAGCAAAAAGCAGCACCUCAACAGACCCCGGCACAGCCACAAGCCAAGCAGGUGCCAGCUGCACAGCAGACAUCGCAGGCGCAGCCCCAGGUCCCUUCUACUCAGCCACAAGCCACACCUCAGCAUCAGCAGCAGCUUUUCUUGAAGCAGCAGCUCCUGCAACAGCAGCAGCAGCAACAGCAACAGGCUGCGUAUUUCCAGCAACAGCAAAUGAUGCAAGCUCAGCAGUUCCCAGUGAUGCAGCAAGGAGCUCCAGCACAGCAGCAGCUGAUGCAGAACUAUUACCAGCAGCAGCAACAGCAGCAGCAGAUGAUGGCCCAGCAGGCAGCGAUGCAGCAGAAGACGGCGGCAGCAGCAGCAGCAGUUCAGCAAAAGCAGCAAACCCCGGCGCCGUCGCAGCCACCGCAGGCCCAGCAAAGUGCAGCCCAGCCAGCGCAGCCGCAGGAGGUAAGAGUGAUGCAGGCACAAAUGAGACAACAGCAAAAACCUCAGACGACUCCCCCCACGGCAGUGCAAGGGCAGAAGCUGGGUUCUCUCACCCCUCCGUCCUCCCCCAAGACACAGCGUGCAGGACACAGGAGGAUUCUGAGCGACGUGACCCACAGUGCGGUUUUUGGGGUUCCGGCCAGCAAGUCUACCCAGCUCCUGCAGGCGGCGGCUGCUGAAGCCAGUCUCAACAAGUCCAAAUCGGCUUCCACCACACCUUCGGGUUCCCCAAGGACCUCACAGCAGAAUGUCUAUAACCCGCCCGAUGUCUCCACGUGGAAUCCCUUUGAUGAUGAUAACUUCUCCAAGCUCACAGCUGAGGAGCUGCUGAACAAGGACUUUGCAAAGCUAGGUGACGGGAAAGCUCCAGAAAAGAUGGGCAGUUCCACGGAGAACUUGAUUCCGGGUUUCCAGCCGGCUUCGUCUGCAGCCCAAGCAGAUGCGUUUGGUGGCUCUUCCUUCACUGCUGGAUCGGCUGAAAAAACGAAAGACAUUCUGAGUCUGGACACUAGCCCUCCUCUUCUGACUGUGCCUGAUCCUUUCAUUCCUCUCCCGUUAUCCGACACGCCAGAAAAACUGAUUGAGGGACUCAAAUCUCCUGAGACUGCGCUUCUGCUCCCUGAUAUCCUGCCUCUCGCUGACCCCUUCGGUAGCACGUCAGACGCUGUGAAUGGAAAACCUGACGUAGCUGUUGAGAGUCUCAUACCGGGCCUCGAGGCUCCGUUGCCCCAACGCCUUGUGUCGCAGACCGAGUCGGUCGCCUCCAACAGAACAGACUCUCUCACUGGGGAAGACUCUCUGCUUGACUGUUCUCUGCUUUCUAACCCUGCCGCUGACCUCUUGGAUGAGUUUGCUCCCGUAGCUUUCGCAGCUCAACCUCACACAGAAGAUACUAACCUGAUAUCAGGCUUUGAUGCUCCUGAGGGCUCUGAAAAAGUGACAGAAGAUGAGUUUGACCCAAUUCCAGUGUUGAUAUCCAAAAAUUCACAAGGUCUGCAGAGGGAUCCGGCCCUGUUCCCAGUUGUAGCUCUUGAACUCUCGAAAGGACCUUCUGGCAACGAUGGACUUGCUUUGUACAAGGCUCAGCCUGAGAUACUGAAAACACAGCACAACUCAGAGUCAGACUACUUAACGAGAGAUGGUCCUUCAAGCAACAGCUCCUUCUACAGCAGUGAAGGAGAGGGGACAGACCACGAAGGAGAUAUUUUGGAUUGCAGCGGGUCCAGGCCUUUACUGAUGGACUCGGAAGAGGAGGAGGAAACCUGCAAGCUGUGCACGGGGUUCCUGCAGUCUGCGCCCAGGGAAAGACAGGAGGCCUCCAAAGAAGAUCCCCACUCCCAGUCUUCCCAGAGUAGAGCAGGGGAGAUGCUGUUCCCUGCCUUUCAGUCGCACACCGGGGAGGUUUUUAACGAACCGGAUGUUUUUGCCACAGCUCCUUUCCGAAGCUCAAGAAAAGUGCCUGAUGAGGUGGAUGUCUUUACCAAAGCUCCUUUUAUCUCCAAGGGCAAUGUGUCUCACAGACAUCCGGAAGAAGCAGAUGUAUUUCUGAGAGCCCCUUUCACUAAAAAGAAAAGUGUGGAAGAGUUGACUUCCCAUAGUACGUCUAAGGAACCGUUCUCAGCACCCGUUUUCCUAAGUCAAGGAGGCGAUGUCCAGCCCAGAGCUAACCCGAUGUUCCCAAGUCUGGAUUCGGCGAUGCAUCUGUCCACAGCCUCAGCGAGAUCUCCGUAUGCCUCUGCCGGGUUUACGCAGCCAAGCAAUCUUCAUCCCUCCUCCGUAAGAGCCGUGGAGACCCAGGAGAACAUCCCUUCCAAAGGGGUGCUGCAAGAGCAGGCUGGCACUGCCAGUGAGAGAAACCAAGGAGGACACGCGCUGCCCCAGGAGGCGGCGCUGGGCUCCGCGGUGAACCAGCCUUUCCGUCCACAAUCCUUGUCAAAAUAUUCCCGUCACUACAGUCCCGAAGAUGGGCAGGGUCUCGAAGUCAAGCCCAUAGCUGCUUACAAAGUGGUUUCUCAGACCAACAGACAGGCGAUAGCAGGAUCUGUCUCUGUUGCCCCUCUGUCUUCCAGGACUACAGAGCUGCCCGGCGGCGAUCCGUUUGCUUCAGCGCCCUUCCCUUCCAAAGCGGGAAAGCAAAAGCCUUAA